CGACUUACAGCUCUCAUCAUGGCACACGUCAGCACAUCGCGCCCUCUGCUCGCCUCCUUCGCGUAUUUGUAUAUGUGAUGUGGAGUGAGCGGUUCUCCCAUGUGAGAGAGUAACGCUUGACUUUUCAUCGCCAGGCGUUUUCGAAUUAACUCGUCAGGAUGGUACUCAUCGCCGCCGCGGUAUGCACCAAAGCCGGGAAGACUAUAAUUUCUCGACAAUUCGUCGAAAUGACGAAGGCGAGAAUAGAGGGCCUACUCGCUGCGUUCCCAAAACUGAUGAGCUCGGGUAAACAGCACACAUUCGUGGAAACUGAGUCCGUUAGAUAUGUUUAUCAGCCUCUAGAGAAAGUAUAUAUGCUGCUCAUCACAACUAAGGCCAGCAAUAUUUUGGAGGAUCUGGAAACCUUGAGACUCUUUGCGAGAGUGAUUCCAGAAUAUUGCAGCUCGAUGGACGAACUUGAAAUAGCAGAGAACGCGUUCAAUUUGAUAUUUGCAUUUGACGAGAUAGUUGCGCUAGGCUAUAGGGAGAAUGUUAAUUUAGCACAAAUCAGGACUUUUGUAGAAAUGGAUUCGCAUGAGGAGAAGGUUUAUCAAGCAGUGAGAAUGACGCAGGAGCGCGAAGCUAAAAAUAAGAUGCGCGAGAAAGCUAAGGAAUUGCAGAGGCAAAGAAUGAUGGAGGCUAACAAGAAGGGUGGAAUUAAAAGUCCUGGAUUUGGUGGAGGAUACGGAAGUGGCAGUGUUCCAGCUACUCCGGCUGUCGGUGAUACAGCUAAUUUCGUGCCUGAACCAAUUAGACCUUCCUAUAAGCCCAAACAAAAGUCAACCAACGUUGGAACGGGUGCAAUGAAAUUGGGUGGCAAAUCUCGCGAUGUGGACUCCUUUGUUGAUCAAUUGAAGGAGGAAGGUGAAAAUGUUGUAUCAGGACCUCUUGCUGCUCCUGGGACGAAAUUGACACCAAUCAGUCCUCAAAUAAUGAACACAGAAUUGGUUCACCUGAGGCAAGAGGAGAGACUUAACGUACGUGUCGGUCGAGACGGAGGUUUACAGAACUGCGAGUUGCACGGCUUGGUGACUUUACACAUCUCUGACGAAAAAUGGGGACGUAUCCGCGUGCAAGUUGAAAACAAGGACACGAGAGGCAUUCAGUUACAGACUCAUCCAAACGUGGACAAGGAAUUAUUCAGAGCGCAUGGUCAAAUAGGUCUGAAAGUACCCACAAAACCAUUUCCGUUAAACACUGAUGUUGGUGUGUUGAAAUGGCGUUUCCAAGCCCAAGACGAGGCAGCACUACCAAUUUCGAUAAAUUGUUGGCCUUCUGAAAACGGAGAGGGCGGCUGCGACGUGAAUAUCGAGUACGAAUUGGAGCAGGCCGAUCUCGAAUUGAACGACGUCCAGAUAAACAUUCCUCUAUCUAUCGGAUGCACUCCUAUCGUAAGCGAAUGCGACGGACAGUAUACCCACGAGGGACGACGAAACACGUUAAUCUGGUCCUUACCGGUGAUCGAUGCUUCAACAAAAUCUGGCUCGAUGGAGUUUUCGGCCCCGUCUUCUACACCCGCAGAUUUCUUCCCACUUCACAUUACAUUUACAUCUAAAACGCCGUAUGCCAAAAUCAAGGUUAGCGAAGUUUUGCUGGUAGAAGAUGACAGCCCCGUUAAGUAUUCAGUAGAAACUGUAUUCUUUACUGAUAAUUAUGAAGUUGUAUAAGAAAGAAUAGAUAAAAUAUUUGCGCAUAUAUAAGAGAAUAUGGAAAUAGAGGCACAGUUCAGAAAAUGGAAGGUAUAAUUUUACAAUUAAUAAUCCAUAUUGAUUACUGUUCGAGUUUUAAUUUUAUUGCCAUAGUCAUUCCUUGAUGAUCGAUGAGCAUAUGUUGCUAUAUUUAUAUACAUACAUAAUACAUAUCUUUUUAUUACUAUAUCAUUUAAUAGCUGUCCGGUGCCGAAUACGUUUGUAAAAAAGAAGAUAUAUCCUAAUUAGAAAAAAUUGGAUCGUGAAAAUUUAUCGUACAUAUUUACUUUUUAUUUGAUAAACAUAUAUUUUAGUAUAUUUGCAAUAACACGCCUGAGAAAAGGAUUGUAUUAUUACCAAAUAUAUAUAUAUCGAAUUUUGUUA